AUGGCGAAAAUCUCAACUGUCGGUAAGGACCGUUGUGAGUUCGUCAGUAAAGAGCAAAUUGCUGACAGUGAAAAGAGUAAUGGUAGCGAUAUUGAAGAUGAUGAUGGCUGGGAGAGAAUGUAUAGCGAUGAUUAUGAUGAUCUUAUUGCGAAGUUCGGCAGUAAUAGUAAGCUAAUUAUGAAUUCGCUGAAUGCUGUGUCGAAAGUAGCUACGAAUCGAACUUGUCUGGGUGAGUUCUGGGACCAAAAGUUAAUUGAAAAAUUUUCCUCUAUCAAUACCGUAUAUAAGGAUCGUGCUGACCGAGCAACUGCUGAACAGGUUAUGGAUAAACGUACUCUGCUUGUAUUAAGACGACUUUUGCAACGAGAUAUUUUCGAUGAAAUCGAAGGAUGCAUUAGUACUGGUAAGGAGGCGAAUGUUUAUCAUGCUGUAACAAGAGAUGGUAAAAGUCUGGCUGUGAAGGUAUAUAAAACAAGCAUACUCAUUUUUCGAGAUCGCGACAGAUACGUUAAUGGUGAAUUCAGAUAUCGACAUGGUUACUGCAAGCAUAAUCCAAGGAAAAUGAUCACAGUGUGGGCAGAAAAAGAAAUGAGGAAUCUGUCUCGAAUGUAUUCUGCUGGACUUCCAGUCCCAAAACCUGUGGUAGUUAAACAGAAUGUUUUGGUUAUGGAUUUUAUUGGUGCCGAUGGUUGGCCAGCCACACUUCUAAAGGAUGCUGAACUGUCACAUAAAUUCGCCGAUGCAUUUUAUAUCGAACUAGUGGGCUAUAUGCGAAAAAUGUACAGAGAUUGUCGACUAGUACAUGCCGAUUUAUCCGAAUACAAUAUUAUGGUUAAAGAGGGGAAGUUGUACAUAAUUGAUGUAUCGCAAUCAGUAGAGCAUGACCAUCCACGUUCGCUGGAAUUUCUUCGUUCAGACUGCUCAAAUAUCACAAAAUUCUUCAGAAGUAAAGGCGUUUCUGUACUUUCAACCAGAGAUCUUUUUCUUUUGGUGGCUGAUCCAUCUAUUAAAACAGAAAGUGAAUUACAAGAGUCAAUGAAUAAAAGGACUUUUGAAAUAGAAGCCGAUGAUACCUUGUUUAUGAAUGCCUUUAUUGCUCAAAAGUUAGAACAAGUACUCUACUUUGAACGUGAUCAACAAAUUGAAAAAGCUGGUGGAGAAAUUCCAAAUCCAUUUCAGAUGAUGAUCUCACAAGUAAAAAGCAGUGGAGAUAAAAGUAUAAAUGAGAAAAAUGAGUUUAAAAAUGAAUUAAAAGACCAAAGAGAAUCAACUCGAUAUCAUGACUCAGCAGGAUCGUCCUCUUCGGAAGAGAAAGAACAAAAAGAUCGCAAAGUAGCAGUCUAUAUACGCAAUCGAGAUGAAUCCCCGAAUACAAAAAAGGAACGGAAACGACUAGUAAAGGAAGAAAAGCGCGCGAAUCGUUUAACCAAAAUACCGAAACAUAUUAAGAAGCGCCAUAAUAAAGCCAAUAAAUGUCGGUAA